UCGAGUGCAGCAUAGAACGCACCCCCUUUCGCGAUACUGCAGGAUGCGGCCCGAGGGAUGCCGCCCCCACUUGUACCCCAGUCCAUCCGCAGAGCACCAACACAGAUCCGGACACUCUGUUCGUCCCCCCGCCCCCGCUCCGUCCUCCGGGGCCCUGUACCCCGGCGACAACAACCCUCCGAUAUACCCAGAGCAGAGUCCAGCGCAGCCGCACAGAGGAGAGAGGAUAUAACCAGGAUGGCCGUAGAGAAAGUCAAAGGCAUAUACCGCCAGGAGGAAGUGUAUAGGACGUCGGCGAAGGGGAAAGAGAGGGCGAGACCUGAAAACCCCUCGUCAUUCCCACCGAUCAUCUCGCGCCUCCUCUCAGCCCGGCUAUACCGCCUGGCUACGCUCCACCUCCUUGACACACCUUCUCUCGCGGCGGACGAAAAGUUGGUCACGGCAAUGAGGGACCAUAUGUUCCUGAACGGAGCGGAGCAUCUGGGGAGAAGGCUGGAUAGAGGGCUGGAGAGGUGGAAACGAGGAAAGGAGGAUGUUAUCAAGUUUUUGCCAGAUCUGAAAAGAUUAAAAAAGGAAGUAGGGGAGGGUAAAAAGUUACCGCCCGAAUGUCCUUAUCCUCCGUUACCAUUCACAAACACAUUCCUUUCAAACCUCCUUCGCAAACCCUAUAGCCCUCCGACCCACACGCACUUGGCUUUGCCCCUCCCACUUCCACCCCCUUCACCAAACCUCCUCCAAGUCGAGCACCUGUUAAACCUCAUCAACCAGCUUGAACAAGAAGAAGGCUUCCAAGCCGAUCGAGAGACGGCGGUGUUGAUCUUUGCUUGUUGGCUAAGAUGUGUCUGUACGAAGGUCAGGGAUCCUCCAGAAGCUCUUCGAGAGAUGAAACAUCCUUCAGAUCCAGCCAAUACAUCAAACCCAACACGUCCCUCAAUACCACGACCUUCUUACGCACAAUCAGAUUCAAUUUCCAAUUCCGAUUCUUUCUCUGAUGUCGUUUCGAACCCCUUGCUUCCACCACCCACCCCACACCAAAUCCUCACGCUCUUCCAAACCCUCCACCCCCACCUCACCCCUUCCUCCCCCACUCUCCCUGAAGCGACGCGCGAAGAGAAAGAAUGGGAGUGGGAUAAAGUGGUGAGGCCGUUUGGGAAGGCUUUCAUCAAUUCUCUGAGGGUUGUCGGGUCUUCUCAAUCCGCAUCCGCAUGGAAGGGAAUUGGGCCGUUCCCGCAUGGGCCUGGGGUUGGACUUGGACUUGGAACCAGAUCGUACGGAAUACAUGGAUCAAAUAAAAGAGGAUGGGAUGGAGGAGUGAAGGAGAUUGGAGUGGUGAAGCGCUGGAUGAAGACGAGGAAGAAGGAGCUUUUGGGAGAUGACCCUAUGAUCUAAGGCUUUUUGCCCCAACGUCUUGAGGAUGUGCCCGAAGAUUGUGUUGAGAAUGAGGGUCGGAGGGAACGGACAUGAACAUGGGGCAAAGGUGGAGGGGAAGAGGGAAACCAAACGCCAGGCGGAUGUAAGAAGGAGAAUGACAUGAAGAAGGAAAUGGAGAGAGCAGGAGAGGGGAGGGAAUAGGACAAGGGGAUUGUAGCAUAGAAAGCAUUUAGCAUUCCAUCAGCAUAAGUCAUCUUUUUUGGGUUUGGGCGUCGCAAUGGGCGAUAUGCAUGAACGAACAAAGACCUGCCA